AUGUCUGUAGUUGAGACCAAGACAGAGGCUGAAGACCCACUUGUGAUCAGGCUUCAGAAUGGCCAAACCCUCCAUGUCGAGUCGAACGAGGCGAUUGAUGCUGACGAGAUACCCAUCAUCAAUGUAGCAGGCAUCUAUAGUGACAAGCUGGAAGACCGACAGGCUGUGGCGGAAAAGGUGCGGGAAGCCGCCCAUCGCAUUGGCUUCUUCUAUGUCGUCAACCACGGUUUCGACUCUCGCCUUACAGAGGGAGUAUUUGAGCAGGCCAGGUGUUUCUUCUCAUUGCCAAUGGAGAAGAAAAUGGAAGUCGACACAAACCUUCUCCCAAAGGAAUACUUAGGCUAUCAUUCCAUGGCAAGUUAUAACAGAAACGGGAGAAAACACAAUGACCUUAGCGAGGCAUUCAACCUGGCAUAUGCGGCUGAUCAGGACCCGGAAAAUCCAGACAAUGAUCGGGGGAGUUCCAUCUGGCCAAGUGAACUUCCAGGGUUUCGAGAAGGAUUGUACGCAUAUCAUACACCGAUGCUGCAAUUCGCACGUAAAAUGGCCCAGAUUUUCGCUCUGGCGCUACACCUCCCCGAGAGUUAUUUUGACAAGUGGACGAGACUGCCUGAAGCCGGGUUGAGAAUUCUCCAUUACCCAGAACAAGAGGCGUCAGUCGAUGACCAAAAUGGGAUCGGUGCGCACACUGAUUUUGAAUGCUUCACGAUCGUGAACCAGGACAUGUCUGGAGGCCUGGAAGUUUUGAGCAAGUCGGGACGAUGGAUCCGCGCAAAACCAGUGCCCGAUUCGUUCGUAGUCAAUAUCGCCGACUGUUUCAUGAGGCAGACUAACGAUUACUUUGUCUCGACUGUACAUCGAGUGAUCAACAAAUCUGGGAAGGAGAGAUACUCGAUCCCUUUCUUUUUCGGGAUGGACAGGAACAUGGUCAUGGAACCAAUUCCUUCCUGCAUCUCGGAGGAGAACCCGGCCAAGUAUCCGGUCAUAACGGCUGGGGAGUACUAUCUCUGGCGCGCGAAGAGGGCGAAGCAGGGUGACAACACAGAUUGA